AUGGCUGACGGUGUUUACAAUGUGAAGGAUUAUGGAGCAGCAGGAGAUGGCCAAACCGAUAACACAAAGGCUUUUGAAACGGCAUGGAGUGCGGCAUGUGCGGUACAAGGGAAGGCAACGAUAGUGAUCCCAGAGGGAGCAUACCUGCUCGGUCCUACAAUCUUCAAAGGGCCAUGCAAAGGCAUAAUGGUGAUGCAAGUGAAAGGGCAGCUACUGGCAUCCACCCAUCUCGAAGCUUACAAUCAAUAUUGGCUCCAUUUCCAGUACAUUAAUGGAUUGGUUAUCUCAGGUGGUGGAAGAUUCAAUGGACAAGGAGCUUCUGCAUGGCCUUACAACCAAUGCAAAAAGACAAAUAAUUGCAAACCCUUACCCAUGAACUUGGUGUUCAGUUUCGUCACGAAUGCAACCAUCAAAAGCAUUUCUUCUAUCGACAGCAAGUUCUUCCACAUUCAUGUCUUUGAAUCAAGAAACAUUAUCUUUGAUUCCAUCAAGAUCAGUGCUCCUCAAGAUAGCCCCAACACUGAUGGCAUUCACAUCGCCGACUCGACCAAUAUCCAGGUUGCCAAUUCAAUCAUCGGCACCGGUGAUGACUGCAUCUCCAUCGGCCCGGGCUGCACCAAUUUGACCAUCUUUAAGGUGUUAUGCGGCCCAGGCCAUGGCAUUAGCGUCGGUAGUCUCGGCAAAAAUGCUGGUGAGAAAGAUGUAAUCGGGUUGAAGGUGAGUAAUUGCAAUCUUACUGGUACAACAAAUGGAUUGAGGAUCAAGACAUUGCAAUCUUCUCCAUCUAAGUUGAAGGCCACUGAUUUCGUCUUUGAACACAUCAUCAUGAAUAAUGUCUAUAACCCCAUCAUCAUAAAUCAGAAUUAUUGCCCAUCUGCUAACUGUCCCAAAAAGGAUCCUUCUCUAGUUAAGAUCAAGAAUAUCAAGUACAGAAAUAUCGUGGGGACCUUUCUCUCGCCAGUAGCUUAUAAUCUAGUGUGCAGCGAGGUUGCUCCAUGUGAGGGCGUGGAGCUCAGUGACAUCAGCUUGAAGUACAACGGCAACGAAAAGCAACCCAAAAAUGCUUCUAUUUGUGUUCAUGUCUAUGGUAGCUCCAAUGGCAAUGUGAAACCUGACCCGUGCAUCUGA